AUGAAAAUGGAAAUAGUUGGAGAUAUAAAAGAUUCGAUUGUUAACGAAAAUGAUUUAAUAUUUUAUUACAGGAGUUUAUGUCCAAUAAAUGAUUUAUAUAACUGGUUAAAUUAUAAAAAUGAUACUAAGGGUAAAUAUACCAAAUUAAAUGAUCCCCAUUUUUUUUCGAAAAGGGAAUUUUCAUUCACAUGUAAAAAAAGUGAUCAAGGAAAAGAAGAGAUUUAUAUAAGAUGGCAGUCCUUUAAUAACCCUGAAGAAUUUAAAAAUAAAUUAUUAUCCGAUCUUGUACCUAUAAAAUUUGAUAUUGGAGCUAUUUAUAAUUUUCCUGUUUCUCAAAAAGAUCAAAAAGGAGAUAUUUUUCUACCAGUCCAAAAAGAAUUAAUAUUCGAUAUUGAUAUGAACGAUUAUGAUGAUAUUCGAACAUGUUGUACAGAUAAGAAGGUUUGCAAAUUGUGUUGGAAAUUUUUAACUGUAGCAAUAGUUUUAUUAGACACCGCCUUAAGAGAAGAUUUUUCUUUUGAACACAUUUUGUGGGUAUAUUCCGGAAGAAGAGGAAUUCAUUGUUGGGUGGCUGAUGAAUCGUGUAGAUAUUACACUACUGACGCUAGAGCUGCAUUAGCAGAUUAUCUAAACAUAUUAUCAGGUUCAGAUACGAAGAAAAAGAAAGUGUCCAUUUGGGGAAAAGAAAAAUAUCCAAUGUUUGAGAGGGCAUUUGAUAUAUGCUACAAAUAUUUUGAUGUAUUACUGGAAGAACAGGAUUUUUUUAAAAAAGGCUCCCCACAUGUUCAAAAAUUAAUUGACUAUUUACCUUAUGCUUCAGGAAAAGUGACAGACCCCAUAAAGGCAAUGAAACUUAAUGAACUGAAAGAAUAUAUAAAUAACAAUAAUUUUAAUUCUAAAGAAAUAUUUGAAAAAUUCAGUUCUAUUUAUAACUUCUUAACACCAAGCAAUUAUUUUAAAAGAAAAAAUGUGUCGGGUAAUAUCAAUAUUCCCUCUUUUGUUAAAGAAAUAGUUUUCCAUUUUACAUAUCCAAGACUUGAUAUAAAUGUCAGUAAGGAAAUUAAUCACUUGUUGAAAAGUCCAUUUUGUAUACAUAACAGUACAGGAAGAGUAUGUGUUCCUUUGGAUAUAAGAAAUAUUAAUAAUUUCAAUCCACAAUCAGUUCCAACAUUAAAAUUAUUAAGAGAACAAUUUGAUGACCCUAAAAAUUCUCAUAUUGAAGCGGAAAAUAGGACAUCAUUAAAACCUUAUAUAGAUUACUUCCGUAGACAUUUUAUAGAGAAUAUUUUAUUAUCUUGUGUUGAAAAAAAGAAACGAUUGAAUGAAAAUUCAAAAUAUGUUGAUUACAAUAAUAUAUAA